CUCCUGCCUCCGCGCAUCCUCAAGACUUUUCUUAGUUUUCUCUAUUCAAGAAACUUAGUAGCCAUGGGUCGCAUGCACGCUCCCGGCAAGGGCAUUUCGUCCUCCGCCCUUCCGUACCGCCGCGCGCCCCCGACCUGGCUCAAGACCUCGCCGGAGGACAUUGUCGAGCACAUCAUCAAGCUUGCCCGCAAGGGUCUUACCCCGUCGCAGAUCGGUGUCACUCUCCGUGACUCGCAUGGUGUCCCCCAGGUCCGCUUCCUGACUGGUCAGAAGAUCCUGCGUAUCCUCAAGUCGCACGGCCUCGCCCCCGGUAUUCCCGAGGACCUGUGGCACCUCGUAAAAAAGGCGGUCGCCGUCCGUAAGCACCUUGAGACCAACCGCAAGGACAAGGACUCGAAGUUCCGCCUCAUUCUCAUCGAGUCGCGUAUCCACCGCCUCGCUCGCUACUACAAGUCGAAGCAGCAGAUCCCGCCGACCUUCAAGUACGAUUCAGCCACCGCCUCCACCCUCAUCGCAUGAGGGUUUAUAGGUAACUCUGGCUUAUCGGCUCUGUGUAUGGCGUAUGUGUUUCUGUAUGCGCAUCAUAUGAUAUUGUCAUGCACCGCUGCGUCCGGCUUGCUCAGGUCAGCCGACA